AUGGACGACCGUGCAAAUGAGGUGGAUCUAGACGAGUUGGACGGAGAGCAGCUGCGGGGAGGUUGCUUUUGCGGGAAAGUAACCUACGCGUUCUCUGCGCAUCACGUCGUCCGAACGGCGUACUGUCACUGUACGCAGUGCCAGAGGCUCACCGGUGAGUGCUGCCCGUUUAUCCAUACGAUCCACCUGCCCUCUACUGCCGUCUCUCUCAGCAUACCGUCAUCGGGAACGGCCGCUCAGCCAUCCGAACUCGCCGCCUCUGCCAUAGACAUCAAGUCUCCGCCGGGCGCACUUCGUGCAUACAGCACCGCGGUCAAGCCGCACAAGACUCGCCUGCGAUGUUCUACAUGCGGGACGUGCGUUGCAUCAAUCAACAGUCGGACGGGUACAACAUCUGUGUGGGGUGUUCACCUUGCGCGUUUGCCUGCGGGGCAAAUCUACCAUUGGGACAAGGUUCAGCCCACUGCGCAUAUAUUCUAUGGCACGCAUCUGCUCGCAAUCAACGAUGGACUCGGGAAAUGGUCAGGAUAUGAGCACAGCAGUGAUAGAUUGGAUGAAUAG